AUGGAGCAAAAUGAAACUCUUGCAUCCUCUCACGCAGAAACAAACGAACAUCACGCAACCAAUGAAAUUAAAACUGAAGAAGUAAAUGACACAGAUUCAUCCGAUCAAGCAAAUGAAAGUGAUUCCGAUCAUGAUAAUUCCUUCAAUAUGGAGGAUCUUUUUGGAAGGCUGCAGAAUACCUUUACAAAUAUUACAUCAGUUGGAGGAAAUUAUUAUUAUUAUGAUCGUCUUCCUGAUGUGAUGAAAGUGCCUGGAAUUGAAUUAAUAAUUACUGAAGAGAAUGUAGAGAAAUAUAAACCUAUUGCAUUGCCAAUCAUUUACAAAGAACAGGCUGAUGAAAUUAUACGAAUUGGGAAGAAAUCACCAUUUGGAAAGGGUGAGGAAACAAUUCAUGAUCAAGUGAGAAAUUCAUUCGAAUUGGAACCACACCAAUUCAGAAUUACUAAUCCAGUCUGGCAGAAAGAAUUGCAUUUAUUAUUGAAUUCAAAAAUCAAAAGUGGAUUGGGAAUUGAGAAACACAAGAAAGUGGUUCAAAGUCCAUGUAAAUUGCACAAAUUAUUAUUAUACGAGAAAGGAGGUCAUUUUGAUUUUCACAAAGAAAAGGAAUGUCAACAAACAUGCACCUUGGCAAUUAUUUUACCAUCCCUCUAUGAAGGAGGUUCUUUUAAAAUUAGACAUAAUUCGAGUGAAAGGGAAAUUGAUUAUUCAGACGAAGAUGCUUCAACCUCUGCCCAUUUCAUUUCAUUCUAUUCGGAUUGUGAUCAUGCAGUAAUGCCUUUGACAAGUGGAUAUAGAACUUGUCUAGUUUAUAAUAUUAUUGUCACGACCCAUGAUAUCAACCAACCAUUACCCAUUGUAGACAUUGAAAAUGAUCUAGAAAUGCUGAGUCAGCAGUUGAUUUCAUGGUUGAAAGGCGAUCUCUACUACAAAUCUAUAAUUUAUUUAUUGGAACAUGAUUAUACAUCAGAGAGUCUAGUUUUUGGGUGUGAAAAUUUGAAAGGAAAUGAUUACAAAAUCUAUUCUGCCUUAAAAGACACAUGUUUGAAAAUUUUAAUUAUUCCAGCAUUUAUCACGAAACGAGUUAAUGAUGGAUAUAGUGAUGGAGAUUUUGAAAAAGGUGCUACUUUUGAAAUUUCAAAGAUAUUUUAUAAUAAUGAGCCAAUUUAUGCCGAACUAACGCAAGAUUUAAAUGAAUUCUUCCCAAAAGAAAGAGCUAAUGAUAUGAAACUAUUGCAAUCCGUUGAAUAUCAAACAGGAAAUUAUGGAACUCAAUCAUCAAAAUGGUACAGAACCACGUGUUUGAUUAUUCUUCCAGAUGAGGAUUACUCUUACUUUAAUUUGGGGUUCUUCUUUACACUCCACUAUUUCAAACAUCUGCUAAAAAUUGGAAGUGAGCAAUAUUUGAAAAGUUUUUAUGAGCAGUUUACUGAUUUUUGGUUCAAUACUUCUUCUUUUGGAUGGGACUCUUCUGUAAAAGGAACAAAACAUGAGAAGAUGUUGGAUGUAUUGAUAGAGCUGGAUAGCAAAGAGCUAGCUGAAGAUUUUCUUCUUAAAAAGUGUAAUUUCCAAAAUAUUUCAUCGGUAAUAUUUGAGAAAUUAUUGCAUAAGUUUGGGUUUGCUACUUUCAGAGAUAUUUACGCUUCAUUUGUUGUAGAUAUAUUGAAGAAGAAGGAAACUUAUCAUUUAUCAUAUUAUUUAAAUAUUUUUGAGAAAUAUUUCAAUUUGGAAGAUAUGAGAAUUAUUGUCGAAAGAGCUAGUCCUGUAAUUCAGUCCUUUGAUUGCAUGGAAAAAAUUUAUAGAUUUUGUGAAAAGCAGAGAGAUGUAGUAUAUUCUUUCGAUAAGGAACUCUUUUUACCGGCUUUUAGAUCGAUAAUAGAAUCGAAUGCUACGAAAUCUGACCCAUAUUAUAGUCUCUUUAUUUGUGAUAUAUUCUUGACAAGAGAGUUUGCACAGUGUCUCAUACCCAUCUACCUGAAAAAUGAUUACCCAAAAUCCUUACAGCUCAUUCAAGAUUAUGGUUACAGUACAUUUGAGCCCUCUGUACUGUUUUCAAAUUUAAAGCCAUCUACAUAUUUUGAAAAUUAUAAGCAAGAUGUUGAAAACAAAGAUGUUCAACUUUUCUAUUCUGGAUUUAGGAAAUAUAUUAUUGAAAACAAAUUAUUGAAAACACAGGAGGAGCAUGAAACAAUUUUUUCAAAUUUAUUUGAUACAAAAGAGUAUGAAUCUAUUAGCAAAUUAAUUGAGGUUUGGGAAUUAAUGAUGGAUAAGGAUGAAGUUAUAUUUACCAUUGUUAAAAUAUUGGACACUUACUUUGUAAGAAAUAAUUUUCAGUCUCUUUGUACAAAUGGUGCUUUACAAAAUUGGGUAAGAUUAAUGAAAACAAGUAUAGAGUAUUUAGAAAAGUGCAUCAAUGAUAGAAAAGCGCUAACAAUUUGCUUCUCACAACCCUCAGAGUUUGAUUGUGAUUGUGAUCUGUGUUCUUCUGUUAACUCUUUCAUCAAAAAUUUCUACCAGAAAAAGUUUGAAUUUUCAUUCACUCUUAGUAAUACUCAAGUAUCACACAUUAGAUCAAAACUAAAGAAGUUCAGUAAUACCUUAGACUCCUGUAUAACAAUAUCUACCUCCUACAAAUCAAGUAUGCAAAAGAAAUUUACAACCCAAGAAAUACAGACAUAUCAAUUGAAAUUGAUGAAAAAUGCCAAAGAAAAUUUACGGGAUUUACAGAAAUUUUUACUCGAUUACCAAUUAAACCCAAACUUGACUCCUCAAUUCGUUUUUUCUAGACUGCUCGAUAAGAGUAGAAUAGAAAAGGAACGAAUAGCACAGAAAAAGCAAAGAAAGGAGCAAGAAAUACUAGAAAAAGAACGAAAGAAGAAUGAGAAGAAACGAAAAGAACACGAAUUAAUUAUUGUUUGGGAAAAUGAUCAAAAGAAGAAGAAAGGAAAUGAAUCCGCCAAUCCACCAAACACUUCCAGCUCAAUAUCAUCCUCACAAACUAUACCAACAACAGUCAUGUUCAAUUUUCAAUUUGGAAGUAGCAAUUAUUCAAUGAUAGGAAUGCCAAUAACACCUAUGAAUGGUUCUAUCAAUUCACUUUUCCCUCAAAAUAUCAAUUUCAAUAACAAUAUCAGACAAUUAAAUCGUGACACAGCAACUCAUCAAGCUCUAUCUCAGUAUACUUCCACAGCAAUUACCUGGACUCCUAAUCCAACAGAUAUAGGCAUAGGCAAUUUUACACUCCAGUGCAAUGCAAAACAUUACUGCAUUGCUGUUCAAUUAUCAGCAAUGACAUUUUUUAUUUUACUUCCAAUCCAACUAUUCUUUCCUAAUACUAACCCACUUGAUUGCCGAUUUGUUUCUAUUGUAACUGAUGGAACAGGUAUGUCAAACUUACUGUUGAAUUCAGAAAUUAAAUACUGA